UUCCGCCGUCUUUGGAGCACUUUGCACAGUGGCGUAAAGUGAGUGAUGAGUCCUCUACACAGCAAAGAAGCGAGAACUUGCUUUGCAGCCUGAGUAGUUCUUCUUUCGAUUGUUAUUGUCGCUUUAAACAAAUAUUUAAUUCACUUUAACUUCACGUUGAUUACAUUGAAAGUGGGAUAAAAGUGUUUUUGGAGUCGGAACAUGGAACUACAAGGCCUACAAGAGGCGUUGAAAGUAGAGAUCCAAUGUCAUCAGAAACUAGUUGCACAGAUGAAGCAAGAUCCGCAGGAUGGAGAGCUUAAGAAACAACUACACGAAAGGCACGCCAGAAUAACAGCCCUAAGCGAAAAACAAAAGUUGGCUGUUAGAAGUUGUCCAGUCGGGGCGUCCAACAAGCCCCUGUCCCUCAUAAGGCCUCCUGCUCCUCCUACCUCCACUCAAAGCAUCUCCAUCUCCAUGCUACCGGCCAACGCCAAGACGGCUCCCGUUUCCAUGGUGACUGCACAUAUGAACGGCGGACAAAAGGCCCUGUCAGGAACGGCUGCACCGGGGGAUUCACAGCCCCCCCCUCCUCUCCAGCCGUCACCCAUCAACCCCCAGAUCAGCCGAGGACCUCCGGGAGGGGCGGGGCAUCAGCAUUACAGCAGGAGAGAGAUGCUGGGUAACCUGGCAGCAGUGCCCCUCAAGGUCCCACAGGUCAGUUCUCUACACCGACUGGCAGGGCAGGCCUCCUCUGUUUUCCCUCAGGUCCGGCCGAAGAGUAUGAUCCCAGACAGCCUCCCCCACAGUCCUGUGUCUCUCCUUCAAGAAAAACAGCCGACCAGCCAGAAACUGACGACCAGCCAGAAACUGACGACCAGCCAGAAACAGACAACCAGCCAGAAACAGCCAACCAGUCUGGCCCUGAGCCUCCUCAGCCUCCAGAAAGCUACAGCUGUAGUCAGCCCCAAGAGCCAUGCCCACGGCUCUAGCCACGCCCCAAUCCACGCCCUCAGUCAGGGCGACAGCCAUGCCCAUGGCUCUAGCCACGCCCUCAGUCAAGGCAACAGCCAUGCCCAUGGCUCUAGCUCCCCCCCUAGCCACGCCCUCAGUCAGGGCAACAGCCAAGGCCCCUCUCUGCCUACGGCUAACAGCACCUUCAGCCCAGAACGCUACUCCAACGGACAGGGAGAUGCAACCCCGCUGUCCCCCUUUCCCCCAGGGCAGACCCAGGCCCCUGGUGGUCUGUCCUCCCCCACGUCUAGCACCAGCAGCACCCCCACGGUCACCUCAGUAGCCCCCACUGUGGGUGCAGGACCAGGGGUGGCCUACGCCAUAAUCUCUGCCUCGCCGACCGCCACUACUGGGGAACACGGACUGUCGGCCGUCACUGACGUGGUCAAAGUCCACCCUUUGAUCUUCAGCGCCGACAAUAAGGUGAUAAUCCUCCAGCCUCAGACACCCAGUUCCACCCAGGGAUCCCCACGAGGACCCCAGGGGACAGACAGCCCCUCAAAGGAGAAUGACCCCACCGCUACCUCCCUAAACCCCAACACCUCCACCUCUCCCUCCUCUACACCAGCCAAGAAGAAGAAGGAGAAGGAGGAUCUGGACCCAGAGAAAAUUUCUUUCAUGGUGGCUCUCGGCCUAGUCACCAAGGAGACUCUGGAAGAGAUCCAGACAAAGAGACAGGAGAGAAAGAGACGCAGCACAGCCAACCCAGCCUACAGCGGACUGUUUGAACCAGAGCGUAAACGCCUAGCCUCGAAUUACCUGAACAACCCAUUGUUUCUGUCCGCGCCAGACACUGGAAGCUACAGCUGGAAGGAGGAGAUGGAGCAUGAUGUCCACUGCUCUGUCUGUAAAGAGGAAGGGGAGUUACAGUGCUGCCACAACUGCCCCAGAGCCUAUCACCCCGACUGUCUGAACCCCCCACUCAAAACACCUCCCCGAGGGGUCUGGGUCUGCCCCAAGUGCCAGAAGAAGGUUCUGAAUAAGGAGAACUUGUCAUGGCCACAGAACUUCGUCCAGUCCUACGUCACACACAAGACAGUGCGAGAGGAGGAAAAGAGGAGGCUCCUAAGGAGGAACGUGGAGCUGAAAAAGGAGUGUGCUCAUCUGGAAGAGCAGGACAGUAGGCUCAACAAGUCCCUGACGCAGAAGAUGAUGGACGCACGGGAGCGUCUGAUUGGUCAACAGAGAGACACCCAGGCAUCCCUGGAGCGUCUCAAGGCUCUGAUUCGUCUGAUCCAGCGGGACCAGAUGAUCCAGGUUACUAUGACAGCCACAACCACGACCGGUGCCUCACUGCUGUCCUUGCCCUGGAUUAAGCCCACCAGCACCACCAGCACUCACACAGCUCCCCCCACUGGGCCCUCCAUGCAACUGCAGCAGAAGAGCCAGGCUCAGGGCAACAACUGACCUGUAAUACCACUGCAGCCCUCCAGGGGCACUGCGUCAAUUGUGGAUCCCAAAUGGCACCCUUUUCCCUAUCUGGGGUACUUCUGCCAGGCCAUCUGCAGGCAACUCAUAGAAACAUCAGACAUUUUAUUUCCCAAUUUUUUAUUAAGACAGAGGAGCCAUGGAAACCAUUUAAUAAUAUUUAACCUCAUGUUCUUUCUGAAAAGCUGUUGAGGGGGUUGGAGAAUGAAAACAAAAGUAAUAAACAAUAUAUCUUUGAUUCAUUUCAUCACCACAAGUACUUUUUAAACCCAACACCUACAGUGCUUACGAGAUUUUUCUUUUUUAUUUAUUUUUUGUUUUGUAUUUAUUAAUGUUUACUUGGCCUUAAUGUAUUUAUGACUGAAAAGGUGCGGCGAUCAAAGUGCUGCAACAGAAAUAUGGAGUGGGUAUUCUUUCUGUGUGGCAAAAAAAGACUUUUACUUUUUUAAACCGGUAUAAUAAUUGUUCUUCAUAGUGAGAGAGAACCAUAUAUUGAUAUAUCAGAGUGGGUCUCUGUUCUCUAUAGUCCUCUGAACAAUAUUUGCCAUAUUUAUUCAGGUGCAAGUUGGAACAGGAGGGGCAGCGUUUUCAUUGUGUAUGUACAUAAAAGCAUACGAGCCUUCAAAACAAAAACAGAGUACUUUUUUUUCAGUAUUAAUAUAGUUGAAGUUAAAAAGAAAAAGUAUUUAAGAUGACUACAGAAUUUAGCAUUUCUAGAGGAGAGUUGAGUAUUUUCAUGCUGUUGAUUGAGUUGAGGAGUAUUUUACAUGGAGGAUCUGCUGUUGUACAUAGUCUUCUUAUCGAGGUCCUUCAUUACUGUUAAUGGAUUCACACAGCUGCAGCAGGGUUCUUCCCCAGCUGUACACACAGCGGACAUUUUAAACAGGGGCCAUUCGAGACGGAUUCUGGGAUUGCCCUGUGUGAUCCAACCAUUUUAAAUACCUUUCCCUGGGUUUCUUUU